AUGAUAGCCUUUCUCAUGUCAAAUGUGUGGAAAGAGAGUGUGAGGACGAAGUUUCAGCCCGAUCCUCAGGGCCGGCUGCUGGGAGGCUUAGCUGGAUGCCCUGCUCACCAGGGAAGCCCCUGGGACUGGAUCCACAGGGCCAACACCGAGGAAGAGGGGAAAGGAUCGGUCUCUUCCCCUCCCCACCUGCCUCCCUGGACCCUCCGGGAGGAGGGGGGCCUGCAGCAGCGAGAGGAGUGUCUGCAGCAGCGAGAGGAGUGUCCUGUCCUGGAGGAACAGCUGGGAGGAGAGGACCCUCCUACCGUUCUGGGUGGCAACGGUGGGAGGGUCCUGGAGCCUCUUGCACCAGGGCCGAGGUGGAGGGAGCGUGGAGCCUUCGAGCCUGGGCUUGGUGUCCUCUUUGCAGCCUUUGAGCCUUGGCUUGGUGUGCUCUCUGUAGGCAGCCACCUAGGGGGAGCAGCAUGGAGCGAGAGUGGGCGGGAAAAUCUAGUGGAGACGCGGCUGGAGUUGAGGCAUUUGCAGACCGGCCUUAUUGUCGCCUGCUACCAUGGCUUUGUGGAUACCCUGGUGGCCUUAGCUGAGUGCCCCCACAUUGACAUCAACUGGUAGGACAGGGAGGGGAACACAGCCCUAAUCACAGCUGCACAGGCAGGGCACGCUAUCAUCACUAACUACUUGUUGAACUAUUUUCCCGGUCUUGACCUUGAAAGGAGAAACGCGUUUGGGUUCACCGCUCUGAUGAAAGCCGCCAUGCAGGGUCGAACGGACUGCAUCCGAGCCCUGAUGCUAGCAGGGGCGGAUGUCCACGCGAGGGACCCCCGCCGUGGGAUGUCGCCGCAGGAAUGGGCCACUUACACGGGCCGCGUGGAUGCCGUCCGCCUCAUGCAGAGGCUGCUGGAGCGCCCUUGCCCGGAGCAGUUCUGGGAGAAGUACCGGCCCGAGCUGCCGCCGCCCCCCGAAGCGGCGCGGAAGCCCGCGGGCUCCAAGAACUGCCUGCAGAGGCUCACGGACUGCGUGCUGUCCGCGCUGACGCCGCGCACCAUGCGGGGCCCGGAGGACCUGGGCGCCCUGGACCACAUGGUCAGGAUGACAACCAGCCUCAACAGCCCCGCCGUGGCCAUCGUGUGCCAGACCGUGUGCCCCGAGAGCCCCCCGUGCGUGGGGAAGAGGCGGCUGGCGGUGCAGGAGAUCCUGGCGGCGCGGGCGGCGCGGGGCCCCCAGGCGCAGGAGGCGGAUGAGGUGGGAGGCGCAGGGCAACGCGGGCAGACCGGCACGGAGGAUGUGGACUGCCGGGAGGGCUCUCCGAGAGCCGACCUCCCGCCCCCGUCCCGGGGCCCCGCCGCGCCCUCCUCGCGGAAGGCCAGCCUCCUGCCCCUGCAGCGCCUGCGGCGGAGAAGCGUGAGGCCCGGCGUGGUGGUGCCCCGGGUCCGAGUCAGCAAGGCGCCGGCGCCCACCUUCCAGCCCGAGCGGCCGGCGCGGAAGGGCAGCACCAAGGACAGCGGUCACCUGCAGAUCCCCAAGUGGCGGUACAAGGAGGCCAAGGAGGAGAAGCGGAAGGCAGAGGAGGCCGAGAAGAAGCGCCAGGCCGAGGCGCAGAAGGAGAGGCGCUCCGCGCCCUGGAAGAAGAGGACGUGA